UUUAAAUCUGAGAUGAAGAACAAACAGAUGAACAGGACAGGGAACGUUCAGAGAAAGAAAGAGAAAUGCAGGUCAAAGAGUCAAACAGCACCGAAAAACAGUAAGAAGAGAAAGGGCAAAAAGGCCAAGAUGACAAACCCGGAUAGAAUGACGAAUAAGCAUUUGGGCAACCAGACAAGUGCAGCAUUGCAGAUGGACAAUGGAGUGGAAGCAGAAUUAAAAGACAACACAAACCAACAAUGUGGCUGGUUUUCACGCAACCUGCUUCUUGCCCUCACCGUGCUAGGUGUUAUAGCGGGCACAGUGAUGGGCAUGAUGCUGCGUUAUGUUCCUGAUCUGGACACAAACACUCUCAUGCUGGUUUCCUUUCCGGGAGACAUCCUAAUGAGAAUGCUGAAGAUGCUCAUCCUGCCCCUCAUCAUCUCCAGUCUCAUCACAGGCCUGGCCGGUCUGGAUGCUCGCUCCAGUGGAAGAAUGGGCACCAGAGCAAUGGUGUACUACAUGUCCACUACAGUAAUUGCUGCUGUUCUGGGUGUCAUCCUGGUGCUUGGAAUACACCCCGGGAACCCAAAACUCAGGUCCGGUCAGGUCAGCUCCGUCCCCAAGAACCAAGAAGUCAGCAGUCUAGACGCCUUUCUGGAUCUCAUCCGAAACCUUUUCCCUGAGAACCUGGUCCAGGCCUGCUUUCAACAGGUUCAAACGGUGCUGAAAAAAGUAGCCGUCCCAGUCCAGAACCAAACAGAACCGAUCCUUGUCAACAGGAAAAAACUGGAACUGAAGUGGGGAAUGAAUGUUUUAGGUUUGAUUGGGUUCUUCAUCACGUUUGGCAUCUGCAUGGGGAAAAUGGGAGAGAGAGGGAAGCUCAUGUGUGAUUUCUUCAACAUCCUUAAUGAGAUCAUCAUGAAGAUGGUGUCUAUGAUCAUGUGGUACUCACCGGUAGGCAUUGCCUCCCUCAUCUGUGGGAAAAUUGCUGCGAUCGGUGACCUGGAAGUGGUGGCGAGGCAGCUGGGCAUGUACAUGGUUACCGUCAUAGUCGGCCUCAUCAUUCAUGGCGGGCUCAUCCUGCCAAUCAUAUUCUUUUCCGUGACUCGGAAAAACCCCUUCACGUUUUACUCUGGUAUCUUCCAGGCUUGGAUCACUGCUCUGGGAACAGCCAGCAGUGCUGGGACACUGCCGGUGACGUUUCGUUGUCUGGAGGAGAAUCUAAAGAUUGACAAGCGUGUAACCCGCUUUGUGCUGCCCAUUGGAGCCACCAUAAACAUGGAUGGCACUGCACUCUAUGAGGCUGUAGCAGCCAUUUUCAUUGCUCAGAUGAAUGACAUUGCCCUAGAUGGAGGACAGAUUGUCACUGUUAGUAUGACAGCGACUUUAGCCAGUGUGGGAGCGGCCAGUAUUCCCAGUGCGGGUCUGGUCACCAUGUUGCUAAUCCUGACAGCCGUGGGCCUUCCCACUCAAGACAUCAGCCUGCUCGUCGCCGUAGACUGGCUUCUAGACAGAAUGCGCACCUCCAUUAACGUGGUGGGCGACUCUUUCGGGGCGGGCAUUGUGGACCACCUAUCACGGGCAGAGCUCGCGGUGAUCGACGGGGACAUCCCUCUCUCCGAUGAGGAGUUUGUCCCCCCUCCGCCUCUCCUGACUGAGAUAGACCUCAUCGACCCUCUCAAGCCCCCCGAACUGCCCCCUCGCUCCCCGCGGCCCCCAAAGCUCAACCAUCACGCCCCGUCUCUGACCCCUUCGCAGUCUCAGUCGCACUCCAUCCCGCACUCGCCCCGCUCCGUCCGCUCUCCGUCCCCUCACUCCAUCCGCUCGCCCUCCCCUCGGUCCGUCUGCUCUCACUCCCCAAGGCCUUUCCGAACACAUUCCCCUCGUCUUUUACGCAGGACGGAGCCUGGAUACUGCGCCCUGCCCACUCAUGACAACCAGAUUACCACUCUUCCCAGAGGUUUCCGAGAGCGAGGAAGAGACCGGGAACGGGACAGAGAAAGACAGAGACUGCGGGAGCGGGAGCGAGAUAAAGGGAGCGAGACUGAGGAGGACGAGGAGAAAGAAAGAAUGAUGGAUGAGGCGAGCGACGGAGAAGAAAGCGACGACACGGCGUACGACAGGCGCCACAACAUCCCACCAUGUGACCUGCCCUGAGCCAAACUGACAAAGCUGUAGCACAUUUUCACAAUACUUGUUCCUAAAUCUCAGAAAGCUGAACGUUGGCGUUUUCGUUGUUUGGCAAAGACUUUGAGUACCUAGGUGUGUUUGUGUGUUUGUUUUGCAUUGAGAAACUUGAUGUAAGUGAAUGGAGGUUUCGCUGUUUUUCUUAGUAUCAGCUUUAUAGUCUAGCAACUGCAACUGUUUGUAGCUUAUUUGCUUUUACAGGAUUUCAGUAAUAAACCGAAUGAGUGGCUCUGAGCGUUUAUUACA